UUCUAUUUCGUACUUCGUUGAUUGUUAUGUCAUGUGUUGAUUGUUGUUCUUGUUUUGUGAUUAACUUUUUAUUGAAUCAGUGUAACAAAAUAGAAAUACAAUACAAUAUUAUUUAUAAAUACUGGUUGUUUGCAAUGUGUAUCACAUGUUUGUAGUAAUUAAAUUAUAAUUGAUGUGAAAUAAAAGUUGAUGUAAGAACAUAGGUUAGUUCUAGAAGGUGAACGAUUGUGAUAAUGUCGAAGUGGGUCGGGUACGCGGUUUCGGUGAACUGCGGGGAGCCGCUGGGAUGUUACCAGGGCACUAUCCUGGAGGCCGACGGAAACACUAUCACUCUCAACAAAGCAUUUAGAAACGGUUUCCCGUAUCCCAAGUCGCAGGUUACUUUAAAUGCUGCAGAUAUAAAGGAUCUGAAGAUAAUCGAAGCGACGCGUCCCGCGGCGACGGAGCGGGUGCACAGCACGGUGGCUGUAGGCAAGGGCAAGAAGCCGCAGCGCGCCACCGUGUGCGAGACUCUUCAGGCUAACCCAACACAGCCUGCGCCGCCGCGCAGCAAGCCCAUCGACAUACAGGGCGGGCGCGGCAAGAGUUCGCACGGCAAUGCGCACAGCGGCGGCGGCGGCAGCGGCGGCGCGCCCGGCUCGGCGGGCAAGGCGCGGCCGCACGAGCGCGCGCGCCGCCGCGACGAGGCGUGCUUCGGGGACGCGGCCGAGCCCGCCUUCAGCGACGACUUCGACUUCGAGGGCAACCUCGCGCUGUUCGACAAGCGCGCGCUGUGGGAGGAGAUGCGCGGCGCCCCCGCGCGCCCCGACGUCGUGCCGCCCAGCUUCCGACACGACGAGAACGUGCUGGGGGCUGCGCCGCCGCCGCAGCGCAUCAGAGUGCCCGACGCGCUGCGCGGCCCGACGGUGUACACGGCGGACGACGGGCGCGCUGUACCGUCCGCCGCGCCGCGCUUGCGCCGCGCCUUCUGGCAGGGCAUGCGCGCGCGCGGCCUGUUAGACUGCGCGCUGACGCUGCUGGCGCGCGCCGCCGCCGACGUGGCGCUGCGGCUGGCGGGCGGCGGGCGGCGGUUGGAGCCGCGCAACGCGCACCAGGCGCCGGUGGCGGUGGUGCUGGCGGCGGCGCACCGCGCGGGCGCGUGCGGCGUGACGGCGGCGCGCCUGCUGGCGUCGCACGGCGUGCGCGCGCACGUGCUGGUGUCGGGCGCGCGGGCGGCGUGUGCGGAGCUGCGUGAGGAGCUGCGCGCGCUGCGGGCGGCGGGCGGCGCGACGGCGGCGCGCGCGGACGAGCUGCCGGCGCCGGAUGUGGUGCUGCUGGCGCUGCACGACCCGCUGCUGGACGACGAGCAGGAGGCGCACGACGCGGCGCUGCGCUGGGCAGCCGCCGCGCGCGCCGCCGUGCUCGCGCUCGAGCCGCCCUCUGAAGGUUGGGCGGGCAUAAGCGUGCGCGCGUCGCUGCAGGGCGGGCUGCCGGGCGCGCUGUCGCCCGCGCUGGGCCGCGUGCUGCUGGCCAACGUGGCGCCGCCCGCCGACCUGUUCCAGGACCUGGACGUGCACUACCGCCCGCCCUUCGGCGCCAGCAGCGUGCUCGCGCUCAACUAGCCUCCUGCACCGCCUCUGCCGGACAGCGUCGCGUCUCCUGGCCAGCGUCUCCUCUACCGGACAACGUCGCCUCUGCCGGACAGCAUCCUCUGCCGGACAGCGUCGCCUCUGCCGGACAGCGUCGCCUCUGCCGGACAGCGUCGCCUCUGCUGGACAGCAUCCUCUGCCGGACAGCGUCGCCUCUGCCGGACAGCGUCGACCAGACAGCGUCGCUUCUACCGGACAGCGUCGCUUCUACCGGACAGCGUCGCCUCUUCCGGACAACGUCGCCUCUCCUGGCCAGAGCGGGCUCUACCGGACAAUAAAGUGUGACGCGUCUUCCGGACAGCAUCGUUUCUUUCGGAUAACAUCGUUUGUACCGGACAGCAUUGCUUUCUCAUCCAAUAAAGCAGUGGCAUUUCAUUUAUUCAGCAUACCAAUAUUUAACGUUUCUGCCCUGUGGGCAGUAGAAUAUUGCUUGAAAUGUUAAAAAAAUCAAAAUGCUAUGCAAUUCUCCUAUCAUUGUGCAUUUAAAAAUGUUUUAAUGGAUAUUGAAGAGUAAUACGUAGAACAAAAAACACCAUUAACCAUUAAACAAGAAAGACCAAACCUUGUGUCUCUAGUGAAGGGUUGCCACGACUCUGUUCUAGCGACUGGAGACAUGAUUCCUCAUGAUAUCCUGUAUAAAAUAUCAUCCUAUCCUACUAAUAUUAUAAACGCGAAAGUUGUUUGGAUGUUUGUUUGGAUGUUUGUAACUCUUUAACGCUGCUACUAGGAGCGAUUUGGCUAAAAUUUAAAAUGGAAAUAAUUGAGAUUGUGGAGAUUUGGGGAAAACUGAAUUCCACGUGGACGAAGUCGCUGGCGUCCGCUAGUACGUUUUAUAAUUGGACAAUUGAGGAAUUUGACUUUUGAAAUAUUCUACCUUCCAUAGUCCAAACUAAUUGAGGGCUUAGGGAGAGAGAGGAUUGAUUAAGGAGGUAUGACUAUAUUGCAAGCCCUUGAUCCAUUGUAAGAGUUUAUAAUAUGUAGCUAUCACAAAAACUCUGCCUGUGUAACCCGCUACAGACGUGCAGUUAUAACUGAACAGUUAAAUUUAACGUGUGUAGUGUCCGUCAGUUUUAACUGUGUAACUAAUGAUUUUGAAAUUUCGUUUAAAUAAAACUGUACAGUUAAAACUGAACGUCUGUAGCGCGGAUAAGGCCAUUAGAGAUUGUUUUAUAUAAUUUUAAUUUUCACUGCCUUUUACAUUGUGUGAAAUAUCUUGUACACUUGAGCUGCCGUGUCAUGACACCAAUUUAUCUGAUAGUAAUAAAAUACAUUUAUGAGAAACCUUUUUUUAAAAUUAUGUAACCAUCAAGGAACUAAUUUAUACAGUGUAAUGUCAUGGCGCAGCAGAGAGAGAGGUUUCGUGCUAUGGAUAUAUGUAAAAUUAAUUACACAAUAAUAAUAAUCGAUCGCGGCCCUAGUACGAGUUUUUGUAGUUAAAUAUAUCGCAAUGUAGUGAUAUAGAAUGUUUAAAAUAAGGAAUCUAUAUAGUCUACUUUGACUAUUAUCUCGACAUCGUUAUGAUGUAUUGGUGUUGUAGACAUCUGCGGUGUGAUGUAGUUGUGAUCUGAAGUGAACGAAGUCGUGACCUGAAGUGAACGAAGUCGUGAUCUGAAGUGAACGAAGUCGUGAUCUGAAGUGUACGAAGUCGUGAUCUGAAGUGAACGAAGUCGUGAUCAGAACUGGACGAAGUCGUGAUCUGAAGUGGAAGAAGUCGUGAUCUGAAGUGAACGAAGUCGUGAUCUGAACUGGACGAAGUCGUGAUCUGAAGUGAACGAAGUCGCUUAGAGAUCAUUUUCUUUUAUAAUAUUAAAUUAUAAUUGAAACUCAGCGAGAAGAACUCAGCGAGAAGAAUGUGCUUCUUUUGUGUCUAUAUUUUUCUUUAUUAUAAAGCAAUGGCUAUUAGUAUAGUCGUAUCUAACCUAAAUUGAAAGCUACCAACUCGGAACUCCAACCAUUAUUGUGAAUAUAUUUUUGCGAGAUAUAAAGCCUUAAUCGAGGGGUCCAUUUGGCCCCGUCUAGCUGCACUGCGGUUAGUGUAGCCUGACCAUAACUUGAAACCUUGUUUGGGGGCGCCAUUGUAAUUUUUUUUCAUUGCCACAAACUUAUCAGGCCCUAUUCUCGCUGGUGUCAUUGUUGCUUAUUUAUACUCCGCGCCACAAAACAAAUCUCGUAGACGCGACUCUCAUUGUCAUUUAGUAAUGGCGGUCAUUUUGUCAAUUUUGUGUAAUUUGACAAUUUUAGUUCAGGUUUUAGCCACGGGACUUCUUUCGUGGCGCGGAUUCUAGUAUAAUAGUUUUGCAAAAUGGCGACUGUCGCAACGUUAGUUCCAGUUUUGGCCACCGGGUCAGUCGGAAGUACGUUAUUAGAGGAAGAAUAGUUCCAUUUUUUUCCGUAAAAUAAGUAGAACACAUUUUAUAUUUUGUGGUCGGGCUAUAGCUAAUAUGAAAACUCGUACUAGAAAUAUUGAGGUUGUUUGGAGAAAAACCUUUUGCAUUUAGAUAAUUUAUGGACAAAUAAAUAAAUUAUUUCUUGAAUAAACUUAAAACAUACGCUUAUAAAGUGAUGAAUGAAUUACAUAACUAUUUUUUAUA